AUACCAUGUGUAAGGGCGUCAUGCCGUCGCCACUGCGGACAUACCCCGAUUACCGCAGCCUGCGGGACGAGAACGCAUUCCUACGAGGCAGAGUCAAGGAGCUCGACCUGCAGCACAAGGAUGCGGAGGUGGAACUGCAGGAGGGGCGCGAGGCGCGCGUCGCCCUCGCCGGCAAGGCCGCCGCCGACGCGCAGACCGCACACAUCAGCAUGUGCGAGCUGCAGGAGGAACGAGCGCAACAUCGGGAGUGCGCGCAACGGCUGCGCGACGAGCGGCUGGAGACUGCCAGACUCCAGUCCGAGAUUGCCGAGCUGCGCAUCAUCUCUUGCCGCCUUGCUCACGAGAGGCUAAGCCAAGCUGCGAGCGCACAGCAGGAGGCGGUGGUGCUUCGCGUCUCGCUCGCCGAGGCCGAGGAGGAGUCGUGCCGGUGGCGAACCGAGGCCGAAGCUCUCGGCGCAAGCCUCGCCGCCGCCCGGGCCGAGCUCGAGGAGCUUCGCACAACAGCCGCUGAGCUCACGGCGGCAAGUGAGGGCUUGCGUGGCGAGCUGGCGGUGGCGACCGAUUCGUUGCAGGCGGUCCGUCGUGACGAGGCGUCGCUCCAUGUGACGCUCGGCGAGCAGGCACGACUUCUUGCCUCGGCGGCUGAGACGCGCGAGGCGAUGGGCGCUCAGCUGCAGCGCGAGGUGGCAGAAGUGGACGCGUCGAAAGAGCGCGCCGCAGCCGCAGAGGCGACGAGCCUUGCCGAGCGCAGCGCUCGCGCCAUGGCGGAGGCAGAGGCUCGGGCAGCGACGCUUCUGCAACAAGAGCAGCUCGUCGCUAUCCGCAGCCGCUGCUCCUGGCUGGAGGGCAAGCUUGCGGAGGCCGACGCAGCGACGCGCCGCGCGAUCGCGCGGGAGCGACGCUGCGAGGUGGAAUCGAGCGAGAUGGCCCUGAGGAUGGGGCUAUUCCAACGCCUUGUGACGACCGACGCAAAGCGUGCGCCAUUGCCCGUGGGCGUGCGCAAGGCACCCUUCCGCGCGGAAAGCGCACGGAAGGGUGCUUGGGAGCGCCAGCAGAGGCUUGAGCAGGCGGCGCGGUGAUUAUUCAUGAUCAUGUCCUGAUCCAGCCACUCGCUGUGUGGCAGUGGCAUGCAGAUGUUUCGGAAACGGCGUUGGUGCAAAAAAAUCUUUUUCGUUGAGCUAGC